AUGACUUCAACAACAACAAUUUCUCUCCUACUCUUUUCCACUUCUCUAACCUUAAUGCUACUAUCCAUAGCCAAUGCUCAAGGCAGAGCCCCACAUGGACUAGCCAAUGAAUCCCCAAUGGCCUUCUCACCAUCAGCAUAUGAUUUCUUCCACCCCACCAAACAACAAACCAAUCCCAACAAAAGAGAAACACAACCCUGCACCGAGUCAAAUUGCUCCCCGCUACCUAUGGCAGCUCAAAUUGAAGCCAAUGGUGCUCAAGAAAACAAAAUGUUGACUCGACACGACAGACAGAGCAGUUUAGGAGCUGGUGGGAUUGUUGGGAUUGUGUUUGGCUUAGCAUUUGCUGUGUUACUAGCUAUGAGUGUCUACUAUGUUGUUGCUACUCGUAGAGAUAACACGAGUCGUGCUAAGCCUACCCAAACUCAAUUACCUAAUGAUGCUUGUUAAUGAUAUGUGUUCAAAGUACAAACCUGUCUUUACCUAAUGGUUUUUUCUUUGUCUAUCUAUCACUUUUAAACUCUUUAUUUUUUGUUAGUUCAAGUUAUGAUAUGUGGAAUGUAUCUAUGGAUUCAGUGUUAAUCUAGUAAUAUUAGUAUUAUUUCAUUCUUCACAGUUCA